CGACACACGGCUCGCUUUCCGGCGGUGUGGCAGUCCCGUGUCACGACACACGGCUCGCUUUGCGGCAGCCAUGGCGGCGCGCUUCAGCGGGGUGCUGCAGCUGACGGAUCUGGACGAUUUCAUCGCCCCCUCGCAGGAAUGCAUCAAGCCUGUCAAAGUGGACAAAAAGCCUGGAAAAGCAGCAGCCAAGAUCAGAAUUGAAGCUGAUGGAAGCUAUUUCCAGGUCAAUCAGGAUGGGGAAGCCCAAAAGCUGGAGAAGGCCAAGAUCACUCUGAAUGAUUGCCUGGCCUGCAGUGGCUGCAUCACCUCAGCUGAGAGUGUCCUGGUGAGCCAGCAGAGCCACGGGGAGCUCUGCAAGGUGCUGGCCCUCAACAAGGCUGCUGCUGCCCACGAGCAGAAGCUGGUGGUGGUUUCUGUGUCCCCCCAGUCCAGAGCCUCCCUGGCUGCAAGGUGCAAACUGGGGCUGCUGGAGACAGCCCAGAAGCUGACCACCUUCCUCAAGGGCUUAGGUGUGCACCACGUGUUUGACACAACCUUCUCCAGGAACUUCAGCCUCCUGGAGAGCCAGCAGGAGUUUGUGAGGCGCUUCCAGAGACAAGCAGAGGACAAAAAGGCCCUGCCCAUGCUGGCCUCUGCCUGCCCAGGCUGGAUCUGCUAUGCAGAGAAAACCCACGGCAGCUUCAUCAUCCCCCACAUCAGCACCACCAAAUCCCCCCAGCAGGUCAUGGGCUCCCUGGUCAAGGGCUACUUUGCAGAGCAGCAGCACCUGCCCCCUGACAGGAUCUACCACGUCACUGUCAUGCCCUGCUAUGACAAAAAGCUGGAGGCCUCCAGGCCAGACUUCUUCAACCAGGAAUACCAGACCAGGGAUGUGGAUUGUGUCAUCACCACAGGGGAAGUGCUGAAGCUGCUGGAGCAAGAAGGAGUGUCCCUGUCAGAUGUAGAUCCUUCUCCCCUGGACACCAUGCUCGGCAGGGCUGCAGAGGAGCUGAGCUCACACCGCGGCGGGGGCUCAGGCGGGUUCCUGGAGCACAUCUUCACCCACGCUGCCCGCCAGCUCUUCGGCAUCCACGGGGCCUCCAUCCACUACAGACCUCUCAAGAACAAGGACUUCCAGGAGGUGACCCUGGAGAGGGAUGGGCAGGUCCUGCUCCACUUUGCUCUGGCCUAUGGGUUCAGGAACAUCCAGAACCUGGUGCAGAAGCUCAAGAGAGGGAAGUGCCCCUAUCACUACGUGGAGGUCAUGGCCUGUCCCUCAGGCUGUCUGAAUGGAGGAGGGCAGAUCAAACUGGAGGGGGAAUCCAGCAAGGAGGAGCUGCAGCAGGUGGAGAGGUUGUAUGAAUCCCUGAGGGCAGAGGUGCCAGAGGAAAACCAGGCUGUGAGGGAGCUCUAUGAGCACUGGCUGGGGGGCUGGGGCUCAGAGAGGGCCCUGCAGGUGCUGCACACGCAGUACCACGCUGUGGAGAGAGCCAGCUCUGCCCUCAGCAUCAAAUGGUGAGAGCUGCCCUGCCAGGGGAGCCUCAGUGCCUUCUGAACUGACCCUCCAGGGACUCUGGGCAGCUCCUGCCUCUGGCAAAGUGCCUGGCACUGCUCAUUCCUCCAGCUGGAGGGGAUGGGAUGGGAAUAAACCCCAAAUCUGCCUCUGGGAAAGUGCCUGGCACUGCUCAUUCCUCCAGCUGGAGGCGAUGGGAUGGGAAUAAACCCCAAAUCUGCCUCUGGCAAAGGCACUGUGCUCAUUCCUCCAGCUGGAGGGGAUGGGAAUAAGCCCCAAAUCUGAGGGGAUGGGAAUAAGCCCCAAAUUUGCCUCUGGGAAAGGCACUGUGCUCAUUCCUCCAGCUGGAAUAAACCCCAAAUCUGGAAUGGGUCUGGAAUGGGGAUGGGAAUAAGCCCCAAAUCUGAGGUGAUGGAAUAAGCCCCAGAGUGUGACAGGGACACAGCAGGAGAGGCAGAAACACGUCCCAGGCUGGUGGAACAGCCCCAGUGCUGCCAGAGCUGAGGAGCUCAAGGAUUGAGAGCUCAGCUCCAGGCUGAGCUUUGUGUCUCAGCCCAAUAUUCCUCCCCCAGGCCUUGCUGGGUUGUCACAGCACUCAGGCCCGUGCCUGCCCCUGCUGGAACAGCCUCAUCCCAUUGGAAAGGUCCCCUGAGGCCUGGAGCUCUCCCUCUCACUGCCCUGCAGUGCCCUCAGAGAGGGGAUCCAAGCCUGGGAUCAUCCCUGGGGCUGCAGAGGGACUGGAGUGAAUGCUGGACAAAACCCCUGUGAUUCCUUUUCCUUAAAUUAUAAUAAUUUAUACCAAGGGCAUUUCCUUCUCUGUGUUUUCUUCCUAAGAAGCACUCAGCAGGGAGUGACAGAAUUGUCACACUUACCCACCCUCAGCAGCCACUUCCUGAGGGAUAAUAUCCCUAAAUCCAGACAAAACAGGCACUUACAGCUGGAUAACAUCCUGAAAUUACCACAGCAUAAUCCCUGGCCUUGGGGCUGCCAGGAACCAGAGCCUCCUCUGCACUUUGUUCCAAUGAAUCCACAGAGCAAAUGGUGAAUUUUCAUGUUUUUAAUUAAAAGCUUUCCAUUUUUCA